AUGUCUUGGAAGAGAAAUUAUUUUUCAGGGGGCCGUGGUAGUGUCCAGGGGAUGUUUGCUCCUCGAAGCUCAACCUCCAUAGCUCCCAGCAAAGGCCUCAGCAAUGAGCCAGGACAAAACAGCUGCUUCCUCAACAGUGCCUUGCAGGUUUUAUGGCACUUGGACAUCUUCCGACGUAGCUUUAGGCAGCUUACAACUCACAAAUGCAUGGGAGAUUCCUGCAUCUUUUGUGCUCUCAAGGGGAUCUUUAACCAGUUUCAGUGCAGUAGUGAGAAAGUGCUUCCAUCUGACACUCUCCGCAGUGCUCUGGCAAAGACUUUUCAGGAUGAGCAGCGUUUCCAGCUGGGAAUUAUGGAUGAUGCCGCGGAGUGCUUUGAAAACCUCCUGAUGAGAAUUCACUUCCACAUUGCUGAUGAAACCAAAGAGGACAUAUGUACUGCCCAACACUGCAUCUCCCACCAGAAGUUUGCGAUGACACUGUUUGAGCAGUGUGUAUGUACCAGCUGUGGCGCCACUUCUGACCCGCUGCCUUUCAUCCAGAUGGUGCAUUAUAUCUCCACUACUUCCCUUUGCAAUCAGGCUAUUUGUAUGCUGGAAAGACGAGAAAAACCCUCACCAAGCAUGUUUGGUGAGCUGCUGCAGAAUGCCAGCACCAUGGGGGAUCUGCGGAACUGCCCGAGCAACUGUGGAGAAAGGAUUCGGAUUCGCCGUGUGUUGAUGAACGCGCCACAGAUUAUCACAAUUGGGCUGGUAUGGGACUCAGACCACUCAGACUUGGCAGAGGAUGUCAUUCACAGCUUGGGCACCUGCCUUAAGCUGGGUGAUCUGUUUUUCAGAGUGACAGAUGACCGGGCCAAGCAGUCUGAACUCUACUUAGUAGGAAUGAUCUGUUACUAUGGCAAACAUUACUCUACAUUCUUUUUCCAAACAAAAAUCCGCAAAUGGAUGUAUUUUGAUGACGCUCAUGUCAAGGAGAUUGGGCCCAAGUGGAAGGAUGUGGUGACCAAAUGCAUCAAGGGGCAUUAUCAGCCUUUGCUGCUGCUUUAUGCAGAUCCCCAGGGUACCCCAGUGUCCACCCAGGACCUGCCCCCCCAAGUUGAGUUCCAGUCAUACAGCAGGACGUGCUACGAUAGUGAAGAUUCAGGGAGGGAGCCCUCCAUCUCAAGUGAUACUCGAACAGAUUCCUCAACGGAGAGCUAUCCCUACAAACACUUCCACCAUGAGUCUGUGGUCAGUCACUUCUCUUCUGAUUCUCAGGGGACAGUCAUCUAUAAUGUGGAGACUGAUUCCACGUCUCAGAGCAGUCGGGACACAGGACACCUGACUGAUAGUGAAUGUAAUCAGAAACUCCCGUCCAAGAAAGGGUCACUGAUAGAGCGCAAGAGGAGCGCUGGCCGGGUCAGGAGGAAAGGCGAUGAGUCUCAGGCCUCAGGGUACCACAGUGAAGGAGAAACACUGAAAGAGAAGCAGGCUCCUAGGAAUGCCUCCAAAUCAUCCAGCAGCACCAACAGGCUAAGGGAUUUUAAAGAGACAGUCAGCAAUAUGAUCCAUAACAGACCAUCCCUGGCUUCUCAGACCACCCUAGGACCUCCUUGUGUGGGGAGGGGAGGAGAACAGACUGACAGGAAACCUGCUCGGAGCCUGCCUUUACACGCUCGUGAUUGGGAAGUAGAGAGCACCAGCAGCGAGUCCAAAUCCAGUUCUUCCAGCAAGUAUCGUCCGACAUGGAGGCCCAGGCGGGAGGCUCUGAAUAUCGACAGUAUCUUUAGUAAGGACAAAAGGAAGCACAGUGGCUAUACCCAGCUUAGCCCCUUUUCUGAAGAUUCAGCAAAAGAAUUUACACCAGAUGAGUCAAGCAAGCCACCUGCUUACGACAUUAAAACUGGAGGACCAAGCCCCCAGUACAAGAUCUGGGGCCCAGCACGGCCAGGCUGUCACCUUUUAGAGCAACACCCUCGCCUAAUCCAGCGAAUGGAAUCUGGCUAUGAGAGCAGUGAGAGGAACAGCAGCAGCCCUGUCAGCCUGGAUGCAGCCCUGCCUGAGAGCUCAAGUGUCUGCAGGGAUCCAAGUGCUAAGAGGUCAGCGGGGUUGGCCCCCUCCUGGCGUCACAUCCCGAAGUCUCACAGUAGCAGCAUCCUGGAGGCAGAUUCCGCCGUGUCCAGGAGUGGCUGGAUGAAGAAUCAGCCACUUUCAGGUGGGGAGAUAUCUUCCAAAACUGAACUGGAUGAAUUGCAGGAAGAAGUGGCCAGAAGGGCACAGGAGCAGGAACUUCGGAGGAAACGAGAGAAAGAAUUAGAGGCAGCUAAAGGGUUUAACCCUCAUCCCAGCCGCUUCAUGGACUUGGAUGAACUGCAGAAUCAGGGGAGGAAUGACGGCUUUGAGAGGUCCCUGCAAGAGGCAGAGUCAGUGUUUGAAGAGUCGCUGCGUCUGGAGCAGAAGGGAGACUGUGCUGCCGCUUUGGCUCUCUGUAACGAAGCUAUCUCUAAACUAAGACUUGCCCUGCAUGGUGCCAGCUCUAGCACGCACAGCAGAGCCCUAGUCGAUAAGAAGUUGCAAAUCAGUAUUCGAAAAGCACGGAGCCUGCAGGAUCGCAUGCAGCAGCAGCAAUCAUCUCAGCCGCCGUCGCAGCCCUCAGCCUGCCUCCCCUCACAGGGGGGAGCCCUCCCUCAGCCAACAAGUGAACAGCCUAUCCCGCUCCAAGUAUUGUUAAGCCAGGAGGCCCAACUGGAACCCUACACGAAUACGGAGUUUGGGGCCAGUACUUUCAUUUACUCACCUGCUUCCUGCCAUGAGUCACUCUCGGCAUUAUUCCCAGAGCCAUCCGCCCUGUCUGCUCCGCAGCACAGCUCCCCCCGUGGGUCUGCCUCGAACCUUCUUGCUCCAGUUGAGGUGGACAGUGUUGACCCCUCUGUGUUUCACAGGCAGGGCUUACCUAGAACACCAGGGAGAACUGAGACGGACUCUCCUCAUGGUUGGGAACCAGAGGAUGAGCGGCAGAGCUGCAGGGGUGACGACAGCAGCUGCACCAGGUUCCCCCAACAAGAAGGAAGAGACACUGAUCAAGAACAGCUAUUCCAAGAAAAGAGGGAUCCUGCUGACUCAUCCCUGGCGAUGCCUUGGUCACAGCCAAUUGGAAUAACAGCCACCUCUGAGAGAGGAGACUCGCACAGUCUAGGCUGUGGUCCUUCAAGUUCAGCAGCUCAGCCUAGCCUUUCUCUGCACAGGGCCUGCCACCCCGUAAAGCCUGCUCCUUCCUCAUCUGUGCUUCACUCUUCUAAUGCUGUACAGAAGACUAACCAAUGCCUCCAAACCCAAAACCUCAAAACUCCAUUGACUUCAAAUAUGGACCGAGGCAGCGAGGAGCCCUCUAUGCCAGAGUUUCCUACCACCAAGGGGCUUGUCCGCUCUUUGGCAGAGCAGUUCCAGAGGAUGCACGGUGCCUCCACCAGGGAUGGUACAGGUGCCCAGGAUAGAAGUUUGCCAAAUAGUCUAAGGAAGGACUCUCCACCUUCUGACUGUAAGCCUCCUUUCCCACAGGGUCAAGGGAAAGGCCACUGCUCUUGGGCAAAACAACAGCCCUCUUUGGAUGGUAGGAACAAACUGCCUUCCUGGGAAGAGCCUGCUAAUCAUCCUUCUCUUGCCAUGAACUGUGGGCCGCCUAAUGGUGAAGCUUCUAGGGGAGGACAGCCCAGGUUGGCAGAGUCAGGUAUUUACCAUGGGAAACCGUCUCAAGUGAGAGAUGCUGGGCCUAAGGAGCUGGGCAGCAGUGUCGAUUCAGGGACUUCCUUGCCUUUGGAUUCUUGGGUGAAUGUCACAAGGCUCUGUGAUUCUCAGCUUAAACAUGGGGUCCCUGGGCCAGGAAUGAAGUCCUCCCCUCAUGAUUCCCAUACCUGUGUAACCUAUCCAGAAAGAAACCACAUCAUUUUGCAUCCACAUUGGAACCAGGACACAGAGCAGGAGACCUCAGAAUUGGAGUCUCUCUACCAAGCCAGUCUUCAGGUUUCUCAAUCUGGCUGUUCUGGAUGUGGGCAGCAGGAAGUAGUCUGGAACCCACUGAGCCAAACAGGCUCUGCAGAUGGUGUAGGGAGGAGGCUGCACUCAGCCCCUCGCCUUGGUCUCUCAAAGACCCCAACAGCAGAAAUGGAGCACAGUCUCCAUGAAGCCAACACAGUGUCUGCUUCUCAGGCCGCACCUUGCCGAGGCCCUAGCAGGGAGUGUGGGGAGGAUGAUCAGUAUGGUGCGGAGAACUUUCGGCGCAUCUCACGCAGUCUCAGUGGCACCGUUGUCUCAGAGAGGGAGGAGGUCCCAGUCUCUUCCCACAGUUUUGAUUCAUCAAGCGUGAGGAAAAAGCCUUUGGAAACCCGGCAUCGUUGUUCCAGCUCCUCUUCCCUCCCUGUCAUCCAUGACCCUCCUGUAUUUCUCCUUGGUCCCCACCUCUACCCACCCCAACCACAGUUCCUGUCCCCAGAUGUCUUGAUGCCCAGCAUGGCAGGGGAGCCCCAUAGACCCCCAGGAACUUCGAGGAAUGUCCAGCAGUUUCUGGCUAUGUGUGACAGGGGUGAAACUUCCGAAGGGGUCAAGUACACAGGAAAGACUUUGAACUACCGGAGUCUCCCCCAUCGUUCCAGACCAGAUGCCUCCCGGGGACCAUGGUCAGAGGCCAACCAGCAUAUUGGGGCCAGAUUCCUGACUACUCCAGGGUGCAAGCCUCAGCUAACCCACACUGCCACACUACCAGAAAGACACCAGGGCCUUCAGGUUCCUCAUGCUCAGUCCUGGGGGGAUCUUUUCCAUUCACCCUCCCAUCCUUCUGUUGUUCACCCUGUGUCGCCAUCAUCAAGCAGUCUUCGUGUACCCAUGAGGUCAGCUUGGAAUUCAGGUCCUGUUCCAGGGUUUCGAGCCCCUGGUCCUCGAAGAGUAGAUAUGCCCCCAGAUGAUGACUGGAGGCAAAGCAGUUAUGCCCUGCCAUCUAGACACAGGAGGACAGGGAGAGAGGAGUUUCUUUUUGUCCUAGCAGAUGCCCCUGGCAGAGAACAGAUGAGGGGAAGAGCCCUGCAGCAGAGCAGGUGGUAA